AUGCGUAUCUCGAAAGGUGAUGGGUUUUUGCAGCGGGAGCAAGUUUCUGUGGAGGAAAAGCGGACAGUUGGGCUGAAGCAGCCAAAGAGGAAGUUCAUGACGCUAGAGGCGUACAAGAAACGUUUUGGGGCACCAGAUCCCAGCAAAAUCAAGUCGCAAAAGAUUGGAGGCGUCGAGCUGCAGGGCAUCGACAUUGUUAACGAAGAGGAUGAGGGGGUCUUCGAAUACAUUGAUCAGAGCUCAAAUGCAGUUUCCAGGGUCACAGACCUUUCUGACCCGGACCUGAUUCUUUCCAAGGAUCAGAACGCAGUGAUCUUUGCCGCGGCUACAAAACUGAUGGCCCCAAAGGAAGACCCAUUCGUGACCUUGCAAUCGUCUAGUGCUUCGCCAUCAGGGCCGGCUAGCAGUGUGGCUGGGGCUGGGGUUACCGACGGGGCUAAUGCUGCUACUGGUGUUGACGUUUCCAAAGACAUCGAGAUGGACGACGAUGAUUGUGACAAUGAGAAUCCAUUCGCAGAAUUGUUCAAUCGCAUGAAGACCAGUACGGCUCCAAAGGCAGCAAAGGCCAAAUCAGCAGCGGCUCCCAAAGCAGCUGCAGGUGCCCCAAAAUCAAAGGCGGCUAACCGCAACAAGAAGGCAGAAAGCGAUCGCGGCUCGUUUGCUCCCCCAGUGAAGACGCCCGGCAAAGGGGACAUGACGCAAGACGAUGAGGAGGCUAGUUCAAAAUUCAGGACACUUGUCGAUGACUUCUACAUGUUGGACGCAGCCAGUGCGGAUGAUGACGCCUCGUUUGCUUCUUGGGCAAAGGCAAAAAUCCAGAACAUGCAGGACUUAAAAAAUCAGAUCACCAACAAGAAGAAGUCGUUGAAGCGUCGCAGUACCAACAAGGAUUCAGAGUUGGGCCCCAUUCUUGAUAAGUAUGCUGCAGAGCUCACAGCUUUGAUGGACUUUGUCAGGAAGCUUUCCAAUGGCAAUUCGGAGGGCCUGCAGCUGUACAACACAGUU